AUGCCCAGAAUAACUCCAAAAAUCCCACAAGGCUUGGAAGAGCUGAUGCUGAAUCUAGCAAAAAGUGUCAUCAAAGAAAAUCCCCAAAAUCUUUACGAGUUUGCUGCUGAAUACUUCGAAAAGCUCCUCAAAGAACGCGAUGGAAAAGUCGACGACAGUUACAAAAAGUUGCCAGCCUAUAAAGCUUACAAAAGAGCUAAAAUAGAGAAGAACAGGCUGGAAAUUGAAGGAAUCAAAGUUGAAUUAGAAUCAAGAAGAAGAAUUGCAUCAGCACAGACAUCAAGAAGCUUCAGCAGAUCCUCAAGUGCAACAAAAUAUGUUGAAAAAUUACCAAAAAUUGCUUCGUCAAGUGCUGAUGCUGAGUCAGUUCCAGUUGAAGCUGAACGUUCUAAGAAGUCUGUGAAAAAAUUACCAAACAUUUCUGGAACGGCUGUUAAAGUUGCUGUUGGUACAGCAGCAGUUGGAGUUACAGUUGGAGCUGUAAAACCAGCAUUAAUGGCUGUUAAGCCUCAAAGAAAGUCUGAAGAGAUUGUCGAAUUUAAUGGUGAUUUAGAGAUUGGUUCAAAUGUUGAAGGAGAUGUGCCUCAAAGUGGUUCAGAUGAUUCUGUUGGAACUGAAGGUUUAUCACAAGAUGCUGAAGUUGAUUCAAGAGCUUUUGGGGACGAUCAAGUAGAAACUGUAAUAAAUAAUGAAAAAAUUGAGGAUUCUGAGGUUAAACCUGCUAGUUCUCAACCGGAUGCUACAGAAUCUGUUUCUUUUUAUGAAAAUUCAGAUGAUUUACUAAAAACUUCAACCAAAAAUACACAAAGUUCAGAAGAAGAUCCAAUAGCUGAACCUCAAGCAGCUCAAGAAUGUCAAGAAAACCCCCAAAAUUUAAAUUUUGAACAACCAAACUCGCUUGACUCACCAAACCCACAAGAAGCUCCUCAACUCUAUCAAACAAACCCUCAAGAACCCGUCCAACCCCUUGACACAAACCCCCCAGAUGACAUCAUCGAAUGCUCAACCGUCGACAUAAAUUUCCUCAACCGAGAAUCAGCAUUAAUUGACGACAUUUUGACUGAAAAUUCCAAUGAAAUUAUGGAAAAUGGAAUCGAUAGUAAUGAGCGUAAAGCUGAUGGAAAUGAUGGUGAUAAAAUUAAUAAAAUUGCAGGCAAUAAAAUUAAUGAUGAUGAGAAUAUUGGCAUGACUGAUAAAGUUGAUGGAACCAAGGUUGAGGAAUCUAUUGAUGAUGAUGUAAAAAAUUAUGAAAAUUCAGAAUUAAAUCAAAAAGUUGAAGAUGAAAAGUUGGUCAAAAAUGUAUCAAUAAAUUCAGCAUCAUCUGCUGAAAAUGAUUAUCACAGCUCAAAUCCAAGCAUCAAAAGUUCAGAGUUUAGCAAUUUAUCAGGUGACUCUGUAAAAUAUGAAGUUUUAAAUGUUAGCAGCGACACUCAAGAGAGUCAGUCAUUUGAUGACAAUUUUGCAGGCAAUGUUGAAGUUUUGGAUGAGAAUCUACAAGAAAUUAACCAAAAUUUAAGCAAAUCUGAACCAAAAGUAAAAGAACCGAGUGAAUUUGGAAGUGAACUUAUCAAUAAAAUCCGAUAUUUUGAGGAAAAUUCAGAAGUUCUUGAAGAUUCUGAGGAAAUUGUUGAAGACAUGGAAACAAAGUUUGAAAAGUUUGGUGAAAUUAUGAAGAAAAUUGAAGAGUCUGAUGAAAGAACUGAAGAAGAUUAUGUAAAAUUGAGCAAAGAAGUCGACAAUGAGUCUGCAAAUUUAGAGAAUAUUGACAAAAAUCAAGUCACAAGUACCGAAAAUGUUGUUGUUGAGCCUGAAAAAAAUCUAGAAGUUGCUGAAAUAAUAUCUACAGUUCCAGACCAACUUGAAGAUAAACCCCAGCCACCUGAAGACAAUGCUGACAAUCCUGAAUAUGACUUCAAUGACUUCAAUCCCGAAGAUCCCAACGAAGACUCAGCAUCACCAAUUAAAAAAUCACUUAAAAUUCAUCAAUUCAUCGAGGAAGAUUCCAAAAUAUUCGAACAAGAAGUCGUAAACAUUGAAAACAUUUUAGACACACCAGAGAAAAUUGAUGGCAACUUUAACGACCUAGAAGCCAUCAAAGAAGUCGAAUUUGAGGACAUGAACAGUACAACGGUGGAUCCUGAAGUUAACGUUGAGGCACAAGACACUAAUCUACUCGGUUUAAGUUCUGAUGACAAUAUUAAUAAUGAUGAAUCUACUAAAAUCAUAGAAACUGUCAAUUCUCAAGACAAUGUUGAGGCUGAAGUCGCUAAUUUUCUCAAUUUGAGUGCCAACGGCAUCAAUGAUGUGGAUAAAAACGUAGAAUCAGAACCAACAGCUAAUUUUAAAGCCGAGGAACUCAAAAAUCCAAAUUCAGAUCUAAUAAAAAGUUCCAAAGAUUCAGGCGAGCCCACAAUAGCUUCAACAACCCAUAAAUCUCUACUACAAGCUCCUCAAAACCCUGAAGUUCCACAAUCUCCACCACCAAAACCUCACGAACCAGUGUCAUCCCCAGAUUACUACCACGAAGUUGACAGCAAAGCAACAACAGCUGAAAUGAAGGAUGACGAAUUCAUAUUCAAAUCACCCCGCAACUCGGACAUAAGCAAAAUAAUAGAACAAGAAUUUGCAGUCGACGAUAUAUCCAUAAAAAAAUCAGUUCAAGGAAACGAAAGUGAAAUUUCCGGUAGAAAUGACAUUGAAUUAAGUCAACAAAAUGUAAAUGAAGCGGCAACAGGAAGUGACAAUAUUAAUGGUGGUGAAAAAGUUGAUGAUAAGAUUGAAUUGGCGAAUGUGGAUGAAGGAAGGAAGGUGGAAGUUGAUGUGGACAAUUUAGUAGCUGCACAAGAUAAGUUCACAGACACUGAAAAAGACAAAGCAGCUUUAAAAAUCCAGUCAAUGUUCCGCGGCUAUCAAGUUAGAAAAUCAUCGAAAAUUCAGAAAUUUGAAGAAAAGCUCGGUGAAAUUGUAAAUAAUAAAUUUGAACCAAAACCUCAGGAACCGAGUGAAUUUGGAAGUGAACUUGUCAGCAUAAUACAAGAUUUUAAAAAAAAUGAUGAAGAUUCUGAGGAAGUUGUUGUAGACAUGGAGACGAAAUUUGAGAAAUUUGGUGAAAUUAUGAGGAAAAUUGAGGAAUCGGACGAGAAAGUUGACAUCAAGGAUGAUCAAGGCGAGGAUUUGGUGAAAGUUACUGAUAAUAAAAGUGAAAUUGAACACAAUUUGAAUAAUAUUGAGGAAGCUGUUGAGGAGACAGACUUAAAAAGUCAAGAAUAUUCAAUCAAAAAUGACAUUAAUGUUGAAGAUGAAAAGUCCAUUAAUAAUGUUGAUGAAGUUGACGUUGUGCCUGGGUUGGCAACUGUUUUGACUUUGGACCCACAAAAUCCUGAAGAAACCACAACACUUGUAGACGGAAAUGUCACAGAAAGCUCAAAAGAUGAAGACUUUAUUGACAUUUUGUUAAAUCAAACUGCUUUAAAAGAUUCAAAUGAAGCCACUGGCCAAGAAGUCAAGCCUACCUCAAAUAGAACCAAACGAUCCAUAUCUCCUGAAACUGGAGAGAUAAUUGAGGAUCCAUUAACAAUUGAGCAUGAAGAUUCAUGGACGGAUGACUUUGAUGUCUUAAAAAUUCAUCAAAAAAGACAAACUUCAGCUUCAGAAGCUAUCCAAAAUGGCAAUGCUGACAAUUCUAAAACAAAGAUUGAAAACUUAGAAGAUUCCAACAAAAUCUCACCAAUAAUUCCACAAACUUCAAGUAUUCAAGAUGGAAUUGAUGAAGUUGACUCAAAUUUUGACCAUCAACCACAAGACGCACGUCCUUCAGACAAUGAAUCAGCAGAUAAUUCCCAUCCAUCAUAUUCUGACAGUAGAAAGGUCAAAGACAAGGACAGUGCUGAGCCAGUGACAAUAUUAGACAGUCCUGAACCAAUAAAACAUGACGAUAAUGUUGAAUUAAUUGAGGAACAAACAAAAAUUGUGGAAGUAAAUAAUUUUGAAGGCAAGGAAGAACCAAAAAUCAAUGAAAUUGUCAGUAAAGGUGAAGAAUCUAUAAAAAAUGUCAAUAAGGAUGUUAGUGCUGACGUAGAAAAUCCACAAAGUAAUAUUGACACAAGUGCAAUUAUUGACGAAGAAUUGAAAGGAAAUUUUGAGGAAUUAAGCAAGUCUGAACAUGAAAAUAGAUUAAAUUUUGACGCAAUUGAGCCUUUAAAUGAGGUUAAAGCUUCUGAUGUAGUCAGUCCGGCAAUAAAUAAGUCAAUUGACAGCUCAAAUAAUCAUAAAGUCGAUGAAACUGAAAAUAAGGAUGUGGAAUUAAUUGAUGAGAAAUUAAGCAAGCAGCCAGAAGAUUCAAGUAGCUCAGACUCAAGUAAUGACUUGAGUGGAUUUAAUUAUGAAGUUUUGCCAUCGCCGCCAACUGACUCGCCAGGCGAGACUGAAAAUGAUGAACAUUUUGAUGAAAUUGUACGAAAUUUGACACCAAAUUCGAAAGAAAAUGAGGAAAUUGAGCAAAGUUUUGAGAAAAUUGUGGAAAAUUUGGAUGAAAAUGUUGAAAGUUUGGAUGGAAAUUUAAGAAUUUUGGAAGGAAAAGUGGAAAAUUUGGAUGGAAAUGUUGAAAUUUUGGAUGGAAAAGAGGAAAAUUUGAAUGAAAAAAUGGAAAAUUUAGAUGAAAAAGUGGAAAAUUUGAAUGAAAAAAUGGAAAAUUUGGAUGAAAAAGUUGUAAAUUUGGAUGGAAAAGUGGAAAAAUUGAACAAAAAAAUUGAAAAUUGGGAUGGAAAAGGAGAAAAUUUGGAUAAAAAAAUGGAAAAUUUUGAUGAAGAAGUGGGAAAUUCAGUCAAAAAUGAGAAAAUCUCCCAAAAUAUGAAAAACUCAAUCACCAACCCUGAAAAUUCGGAUAAAAAUCCUGAAAAUUCAAACCAAAAUCCCGAAAAAUCCACCGAAACACCAGAAAACACAACCAGGAAUGCUCAAAUUUUCGACAAAUAUUUGGACAUUUAUGAUGAAAAUUUAGAAAAUUUUGAAUUUUUCACCAACAAUCCCGACGGAACUUUGAAAAAGUCUCACAAAAUUGUUGAAAAAUUGAAUGAAAUUGUCGACGACGAGGUUGCAAAAUAUGUAGAAAAAAUGGAGACUGAAUUUGAAGGAAUUGAGUCAAAUGAUGAGAAUUUAGGUGCUGAAAAUGAGGCAACUGGGAAAAUUGAAGGUGAAGCACAGUUUGAUGUAUUUGAGUAUGCAGUACCGGAUGAAGAAGUUGCAGAAGAAAAGCCUGUAAAGUCAAUAGAUUUGCCACUAGUGUUUAAAAUUGGUGAAAAUAUCAAAAUUGAAACAGAAAAUGAGGAAUUUUCGUCACCAGAGCCAGAAGUUAUUGAAGAGUCAGUCAUUAAGGAACAGUUUAAGCCACAACAUUCUGAAAAUAUCCCAAUUCCACAGCUAAAAUCAAGCCCAAAAAACCUCAACGACCAAGAAAAUGCAGCCGUCAAAAUUCAGUCAUUUUUCAGAGGCUUUAAAGUUAGAAAAUCCACCAAACCUAAGAAAAGAUCACCAAAAGAAUCAAGCAUUUUUGGAAACGAGCUUGUCGACAAAAUUCAAGAAUUUGAAGAGAAAUCUGAAAAUUUAGAAAAUUCUGAUGAAAAACUUGAAGACAUGGAAACGAAAUUCGAAAAAUUCGGUGAAAUAAUGAAGAAAAUUGAGGAAUCAGAGGAAAAUGUCAACAUCCAGAAAGAUCAAGUCAAAGAUUCAGACUCAAUUUCAAAAGCUUUUCGACUUCAAACUGAAGAUUCAAUGAAAAGUGAUCAAAAUUCUUACACAAAUUUACAUGAAAAAGAAGAAAUUUUGAGUUCAGAAACUUCAAAUCCAGUAGAUUCUCAGGAACUUAAGACUUCAAAUCCAGAAGUCACAAAUCAACAUCAAGACAACAUCACAACAGACCAAAUCUUAAACCCACUUCAAGGAUUUUCAAAAUUAUCAGAAAAAUUCGAACCAAAAAUAGAAGAAAAUUCAGCCGAACAAGCAGCUGUGAAGAUUCAAUCACUUUUCAGAGGUUUUAAGGUCCGCAAGUCCAAUCCACCCAAAAAAUACAAACAAAAUGUCAAAGAACCGAGUGCAUUUGGGUCAGAACUUGUUGAUAAAAUUGAGGAAUUUGAAGAGAAAGUUGAGAAUUCGGAUGAAGUUGUUGAGGACAUGGAAGUCAAGUUUGAAAAGUUUGGAGAAAUUAUGAAGAAAAUUGAGGAAUCUGAGAAGGUCGUUGAUGAAAAAUCUGAGAAAAUUCUGGAAAAUUCAGGCUCAAAUAUUGAACAUGCUGAAGAGUUUCAAGAGAAAAGUGACGAAAAUGUCAAAAAUAAGAACAUUUUGGACCCAAAAACUCAAAGAAAUAAGGAAAAUUUUGUUCAAAAAGAUGUAAAAGUGACAGAAUGUCAGGCAAACGAUGAUAUUGUUGAGGUUAAAGACGCAAAUUCUGACAAAAUCCAAAAACCAAGCACAAAAUCAUCUAAAAGUGAGGAAAAUGUAUCAAAUAAAGACAAAGAACCUAAAAAUCACUCAAAUUUAACCUCAAAAUCUUCAGAAAACACCGAACAAGCCAACGCAGCAGUCAAAAUCCAGUCAUUCUUUCGAGGCUUCAAAGUGAGGCUGUCAAAUCCAACAAAUAAGAAGAAUGUUGAAGAACCAAGUGAAUUUGGAUGUGAGCUAGUCGAGAAGAUUCAAGAUUUUGAGGAAAACAAGGAAAUUUUGGAAAGUUCAGAUGAAAAUCUUGUGGACAUGGAAGAAAAGUUUGAGAAAUUUGGUGAAAUUAUGAGGAAAAUUGAAGAGUCUGAUGAGAAAAUUGAAGAAAAUUCUGAAGAAUUGAUAGAAAAAGUCAACAUUCAGGAAGAGCAAGCACAAAGCAAUUCAGAAGAAAAGCUAGAAAAUUGUGACAAAAAUCUUUUGAAAUCUGAAAAUUCAACAAAUGUCAAACAAGAUUCAAAUGGCAUCAAACUCCCAACAGACUCCAGUCCAAGCCCUAACUCAUCAGCAACCAAAGAAGAGCAAAAACAAGCCACAGUCGAUGAAACCAAUGCUGCAGUCAAGAUUCAAUCAGUUUUUAGAGGAUUCAAUGUUAGAAAGUCAAGUAAGCCAAAACCUCAAGAAGCAAGUGCCUUUGGAUCAGAACUGAUUGACACAAUUCAGGAUUUUCAAGCAAAAAAUGAAAAUUCUGAUGAAUAUGUUGAAGAUAUGGAAGUAACAUUUGAGAAAUUUGGGGAUAUAAUGAAGAAGAUUGAGGAAUCUGAGGGAAAUGUUGAGAAAAUUGAAGGAAAUGGAUCCAAAGAAACUGGAAAAUUUGAUGAAAAGUUGGAAAAUUCUGAUGAAAAAUUGGAAAAUUCUGAUGAAAAAUUGGAAAAUUCUUAUGAAAAGUUGGAAAAAUUUGAUGGAAAAUUGGGAAAUUCUGAUGGAAAAUUGGAAAAUUCUGAUGGAAAAUUGGAAAAUUCUGAAGGAAAAUUGGAAAAUUCUGAUGAAAAAUUUGAAAACGCUUUAAAAUCUGAUGAAAAUUCCAAAAGUCAACCACAAACCAAACCAAGACCCCCUCUAGCACUGCCACAAGCAACCGAAGAACCCCCAAAAAGUCCACAAAAUCAACAACAAAACCCAGAAGCUGAUGAAAUGUCAGGCGAGUAUGAAGAAGUCGACCAACUAUCAACAAUUUAUGAACAAAAUUCAGUCGAAGAAGAAGCGUGCAUUGAAAGAAUAAUAAGCUACUGUGGGCCAAAAUUGGAGCAUAAUGUCAACGAAUUGAAUGAAAAAAUUAUUUGUGGGCAAGAAGAAAGUCAAGCUGAAUUCGGGUCAGCAUCAGAAAAUGAAAAAUUAAUUGGAAAAAAAGUUAAAAUACCAAAUUUAAUCAAGUCUGAAGUUCCAAAGGAAGCUGAAGCUCAAAACUUCGAUUCAAAAAUUGACAUAAAAUCCCAAAAGUUUGUGAAAAUUGGCGACAAAUUUGUCAGAGUCGAGGAAGGCCAGGAAAUUAUCGACGACGCUCCAAAAACUGAUAAUGAGGUUUUGGAAAAUUUAGCAAAAUCCACUGAAAAAUUGACAAAAUUUUCCGAAAAAUUGUCAAAAUCGCCUGCAAAAAAUUCAAGUUUUGAUGACACUUCGGAAAAGUUUGAGGAAAUUUCCAAGCAAUUUGAUCAAAUUUCAAAAGAAUAUGACAAGCUUUAUAAGAAAAUUGAGGAAAAGUUUGAGGAAAACUUGCUGGUUGUUCAGGAAAAUUCAGUUAAUUUUGGUAAAGUUGAGAUUUUGGAUGGAAAAAAUGAUGAAUUUGAGGUUAAAAGUGACGAAAAUUCUGAAAAUUCAAAUACAGUCUCAAAUGAACCUCAAAUUGACGAGCAAGCCAAGGCAGCAGUCAAAAUCCAGUCCUCAUUUCGAGGCUACAAAGUCAGAAAGUCAAGAUUCCAAAAUUUCAGAGACAAUUUAAGUGAAAAAUUCAACAUAAAAUCUGAACAAAAAGUCGAGGAACCAAGCAGUUUUGGGUCAGAGUUGGUCGAAAAAAUCAAAGAUUUUAAUGAAAAUGAGGAAAAUUCAAGCGAUUUGGGAGAAAAUCUUGAAAAAAUGGAAGAAAAGUUUGAGAAAUUUGGUCAAAUUAUGAAGAAAAUUGAGGAAUCUGGUGAGAAAGUUGAAGGAUUGGAUGGAAAAUUCAACAUCCAGGAAGAUCGGGAAGUAAAUUUAAAGGAAAAUGUGACAAAAUUUGAUGAAAAAUCAGAAAAUUUUGAAGAAAAGUCGGAAAAUUCAGCAUCAAAAAUAGACAAUUUUGUUAAAAAUGAUGAAAAACUUGAGGAAAAUUCUGAAAAUUUUAUGAAAAUUUACGAAAAUUCAACAAUUUUUGAACAAGAUUUAAUGCUCGAUUCCAAAAAUUUAGACACAAAAACGUCAACUCAGGAAAAUUUCGAUGAUUUCGACAUGGAUUCACUAGAAUAUGAAGCAAAUAUCCAAAAUAUCAGCACAAAUGUAAAUGAAAAUGCACCAAAAAUUGAAGAAAAUUUACAAAAUUUAACAAAAAUUGACAACAAAGCUGGAAAUUCAACCAAACCUGCUGAAAAUUUCAAAGCUGAUGACAAAAGUUCCACAAAAUCUCCCGAAAAACUUGACACAAAAGUCUCCCAAAAACCAUCAAAAAUUCCAAUUAAAGAAAAAUCCCAACAAAAAUUAUCAAUAAAAUCCGAAAGUCUGCAAGAUUUGCUCCCAUCAGACUCAAAGUCAAUCAACAAACUCAGUCAUUCAACUGACCACACGCCACUCUUGAGUCCAAUCAACAGCGACCUUAAUUUACUCAGACGUCAGUCAUACAUUGACAGUGUGCUUCAUGAACUUGAAGGUUCUCAUGUGAUUGAAGGUGGACUGAUUGGAUACGGCGAUCAAUUUAAUGAUUUACAGGCUGGAAAUACUGAGAAUCUGCAUCGUGAUGUUGAGUUUGAGCAGGACAUUGAGCCUUGGAUGGAAAAUGAAGGAAAAGCUAAAGAUUUAAAUGAAGUUUGUGGAAAAAUCGAAGAAAAUCGGGAAAAUUCAGAUGAAAAUCAGGAAAAUGAAGUGAAAAAUCGGGAAAAUUCAAGUGAAAAACGGGAAAAUCUCGAAGAAAAUCGGGAAAAUUCAGAUGAAAAACAGGAAAAUUUUGAAGUAAAUCGGGAAAACUCAGAUGAAAAACAGGAAAUUGAAGUGAAAAAUCUGGAAAAUUUAAAUGAAAAACAGGAAAAAUUUGAAGAAACUCGGAAAAAUUCAGAUGAAAAACAGGAAAACGUUGAAGAAAAUCGGGAAAAUUCAAAUGAAAAUCAGGAAAAUAAUGAAAAUUCAGAUGAAAAAAAUGACAAUUUUCAAGAAAACUCAGAAAUUUUGAAUGAAAAUCUUUUAAAUUCCGAAGAAAAUGUUGAAAAACUCAUCAAAUCUGACGAAAAAUUUCACCAAUCAUCACCAAACCCUCUUAAUACCCUCAAAAAGUCAUCAAUUUUCCCUCAAAACCCAACAAUCUCAUCCUCAUCCCACCAAAAAAUCAUUCCAGUUGCAACAGUCCAACCAGAAAACAUCAAAGCCCUAACCUUAAAAUCACAAGCUAAACCAGAAUCAGAAGUAAAUCAACCGAAACAAAGCUCAAUUCCAAAUCAUUCAAAACAAGCAAAAAAUUCAAUUAUGAGGCAAAAGACGAUGCCCGUUCAAUUUGAGAGCAGCGUGAUGAGAGUUUUGCCGAAGCAUUUGAGAAAAAGGAUUCAAAGUGCUGAAGGCGAGAAAAAGAAGAAAAGGCCAGUUUUGAUGCAGUAAAGGUCCGGCGAUAGAGCAUUGACUUGAAGCUAACAAGACAGUCUAUUGCCACAAAACUAGACAAGACAUUUCCCACACAUCCGGUUAUCAGCAAUUUUUCGUGUGAUUUUUGAUGACUCAAUUAAAUUGUAAAACAUGUUUAUGCAGACACAGAUUGUUGUUCCUGUCUGCUCAAAUAAAAAAAUAGACAUUGCUGUGACAAAAAUGUUGAAUAAUUUAUUUAAAAUAUGUUAAAAAUGUUGUCGAACAUCCUCAAAAAAAUUCACAUGCAAAAGUCAAGGAUGUCGUUGAGCAGUCAUUAGCAACAGCAUUAUAAGCCAUGCCAGCAGUUCUCAUUAUCAUUGCACAUGCUUGGCCAUUUUUCAAUGCAGCACCCCAAGACAUUCCACUGUACAUGAUUGUCGUCUGAUUUGAGAAAAUUCUCCAAUUUCCAUUUUUGUUGCCAUUUGAGACUCCGUUGCCUAACAUUGAGAAGGCACCUGAUGGGAAUUUUGAUGACAUAAAUGCUGUGAGUCCAUUGUAAGCAUCGACACUGGUGAUUGCAUAGAGAGACAUACCAAGACUUGUACAAUAGCUUGUUGCAUCUGGAUGUGACAUCGGUGUACUUAUGUAGCAUAUUGACAUUUGAGGUACUGUUGAGACAGGAACAAUGUAUUGACAUGCUGCUUUUGGUGAGACUUUCGUGGUUGUUGUUGUUGGUGGAGUUGCCAUUAAUGGAGCUUGAGUUGUUGUUGUAGUUGUAGGUGCUAAAGUUGUUGAAGUUGUUGAAGUUGUUGGAGCCAAAGUUGUUGUUGAUGUUGUGGUUGUUGAGGCUUGGGUUGUUGUUGUUGUUGGAGCUUCAGUUGUUGUGGUUGUAGUUGGAGCCAAUGUUGUUGAAGUUGUUGUGGUCGUUGGUGCUUCUGUUGUUGUGGAUGUUGUGGUUGUUGGUGUUUCGGUUGUUGUUGUUGUAGCUGGAGCCAAUGUUGUCGAAGUUGUUGUGGUUGUUGGUGCUUCUGUUGUUGUGGUUGUUGAUGCUUCUGUUGUUGUGGAAGUUGUUGAGGUUGUUGACGGAGAUGUUGUGGUUGUAGAUGACACUGUUGUUGUUGUAGAAAUUGUUGUUCCUCCCUGACUAUUGCAUGCGCAAAAGUUAUCACCUAAAGCCUGAAUGUCUAAUAAAGCAUGCAUCAAUCUGAGCAAAGUAAAUGCAAGCUUCUGUAAAUAAUCCAAAUAUAAAUUUUCCAUGACCAUCAUAACGCCAAUAGCUUUGACAACAGCUUUAUACUGGUCAGCCGAAAAGCUUGAGUUGUAGAGCAAAACAGUUGUAUUUAAAUUAUUUUGAUAAUAAGUCAGGAAUGAGAAAUUUUGACCAGCACUUGCGUAUGCCUGAACAUAGACCCAAUAUUUAUAAGUGACAUAUCCAACACGUGAUAAUAAGGCACUGCAUGCUGUUGCAUUUGUCCAUGGUGAUUGACUAUAAUCAGAAAUUGUUGCUAGAUUUGUAAGGAACGUGAUUGUUUGUUGAAGGACUUGAGAUGAUUGAAG